AUGAUUACUUUCAACCCUGCAGCACCCCUAACUCCCAUACCCUCUGUCAUAUCCAUACCAACUCUGCCUCACCUCCACCAUACCCUCCAGUUCACCUCCAGUUCAGCUCCACCUCCGAUCUCUGGUACCUUCUCUGGUAUCUCUUAUCCUCAUCUUAAACGUUUAUUAAUAUUUCUACCUACCCAAUAUUACUACGGACCUCCUAGGACCUCUGCUACCCCCACAAAGGUUUUCCCACUUCCAGCAGCUGUCGCUAAUUCCACCCUUCACCUACCCACUCCACAAUGCUCAAUAAGGCGAUUCUCUCACAAGCUCACCAACCCAGCAAGUGGGCACAGCACUCCUCUCCAAGUCGCUGAGGCCAUGGUCCUUCUGCCCGUUCUCUACCUCCAGCCUCCUUCUGGGGACAUCAGUGACUCAGAUGCUGACAGCAACAAUGCCUUGCUCAGUGGAUAUGGAAAUACUGAAGAUCUUGAUGGUCUGAUUCUUCCAAAUUACAGUGAUUCUGAGAUGGCUGAAGUGUCAGAACUGACAUGUACAGCAAGUGAAGGACAAUCAUCCCACUAUCAUUCCCAUCCAUUCAUCCCUGCCCCAUCCAAGAAAACCACAGAGGAUGCUGCCAAAAUGCUCAGUGAGAUUCAAAUGCUCCAGUUGUUCCAUGUGUACAGCUCAGGCCGAGUGAGUGUAAUGAAUGUUGGCUGGAUUCGUGCUUCAGAGUGGGUUGCAACCUCAUGGAACCAUGGACCGUCAUAUGCAUCUCAGUUGCAGAGGUGGUGUCAUGAUUUCAUGGCCAACAUUGAAACAAUUCCAACAAAUCCCUAUGGAAAGUGGAAUGAGUCAAUCCUUGUGACAGAUGAGGAUCUAAGGCAUGAGAUUGAGGCUCACCUUCGGAGCCUUGGUCCACAUAUUUCAGCAAUGGACAUUGUUCACUUUCUGAACACUCCAGAAAUGCGUGAGCGGCUGAGUCGAAACAAGCCAAUAUCUGUCCAAACAGCUCAACGGCAGCUAAAGGGGUUGGGAUACCACUGGCAGAGGGAGAAAAGGGGGCAAUAUUCUGAUGGCCAUGAGCAGGAUGAUGUGGUCCAAUAUCAACAGCAUGUGUUUCUGCCUGCAAUGGCUGGAUACGAGAAGUCAAUGAGAAAAUGGGAUGAAAAUGGGGAAGAAAUACCUGAUUCUUCCACAGCACAUUGCAUUGUUGCCUGGUUCCAUGAUGAGUCAAUUUUUUGUGCACCUGAUCAUCAGAAGGUCCGCUGGGUUCAUAACUCCAAGACCGUGAAGCCCUAUGCCAAGGGUGAAGCUGAUUAUGGCUGGUUGAAGGGUCAUGAUGGCUGCAAUGCUCGGGUUAUGCUUAGGCUGGGAAGUAAUAGAGAUGGAUACUUCACCAAUGAUGAUGUGAUUGAGCAAUGUCAGGGCACACACCCUGACUAG